AUGAAAAGCUCCGAAUGGACUUGGAAGCAGAACGGAGCCUCUUGGCAAUCUAAAGAAGAACGCUUCACCUGGACUCAAGCCGCCGUACUGCUGCACCAACAAAAGCUCGAGCUGACGUCAGCAUUCGCUCAGCUCCUGAGCAAUCAUAGGCUUGCUUCGAUCAGUCGCGGAGACUCUGCCACGGCUCGUGUGCUGACGUGGGGGUUUCUAAACCUUCCGAUGAUGUUCGUGUUAGAUGAUCUAACGGCGAUAGGACGCGGUAUCAGAAGCGCUCGCAUUCUUCUGAGUUUCUUGUUUCGUGAGUUGUAG